UCGUUUAAACAAGUAACAAGUUUUCCCAAAGAUGGCGACGUCCUUGCUCAAAAAUACAACACUAGUUUUAAAAAGGUUUAACUUCUGUGACCAGGUUCUCUUAUUGCAGAAUGUUAGAACGGCAUACACAAUUAGACAUAGAGGUUUGCCCCCUGAGUUGGCAAAGUCAUGGAAACAAAUCAAACAAGAGCUCUCAUUCUGCAAGGAGAAGGAGGUACUGGCUGUCAACAUUGGUUUUCCACUUCAAGAUGGAACGAAAAUGACACGGACUGAGAUGAGAAAGAGAAAACAAGAAAAAGAAGAACAUUCAAAGAGAAAUGAAGCCGAGUUGGAAAGAAAGGCUCGUUUACAAGAAUUGGUGGUUCCCAUAUCGGUUGCCCAGGCGGAAGGCUUCCAGGGGGUUGGUCAGCGGAGGAUACACCGACUUGCUGAUCACUAUGGACUCUUCAGAGACCUGUUUGGGGAGGCGUAUUUCUACCCUUCCCUUGACCUCAGGGUUGGUUAUGUGGAUGGCGCUGACCCAGAGUUCAUACAGCCUGUUUACCAUGGAAACCAGCUGCCCCCAGCAGAGACUCAGUCAGCCCCUGAGGUAGUGUACAAGGGCGAUGCUGACAAGUUCUACACCUUGUGUAUGGUGGCCCCAGAUAGCCAUCUUGAACAAAAUAACAAGGAAUACCUUCAUUGGAUGGUGGCAAACAUUCCGGGCACAUCCGUAUCCGAGGGCCAGGUGCUAUGUGACUACAUGCCUGUGUUUCCAGUCCACGGUACUGGUAACCAUAGAUAUGCAUUUGUUCUCUACCAGCAUGACAACGUUAUCGAUUUGUCAGCAGAAAAACGACACCAGGAAAGACCAAACCUCAGUGAGCGCACCUUUGAGACUCUAGAAUUCUACAGACGUCAUCAGGACGCCAUCACGCCCGUAGGACUUUGCUUCUUCCAGGCAGAGUGGGACCCCAGUGUGAGAAAGACCUUCCACAGUGUCCUUGAUAUGGAUGAGCCUCGGUUUGAGUUCCUGCCACCACAAGAGUACAUCUCCAAGCAAGUGAGGUGGCCAGAGUGGGAGUCCUUUAACACGUAUCUGGACAAGUACCGGGAUGUGAGAGACAUCGGGGAGGAAGUACUGAAAGAGAAGCUCAAGACGGCCAGUCCCUUCAAGCCACGCCCCCGAAGACGGCGUUUCCCGCUGAUAUUUGAACCGCCAAAGGACAAAUUGGCGUCUUGGUUGUUGAUCAGAGAGCAUGAGAAACGGCUGAGGAAAUCUUAUUGGAAGUACUUAGAUGACUGAUCAUAUUGGGUGAAAAGUUGUGUGAUGCUUUUGUUGUAUAUUAAUAAAACUUUGGUGUAGAAAAAAUAAAAACUAGAAUUAUC